CUAACCUUUAUACCAACAACAUAUUCGAAACAUUACAUUCAAAGUUAUAAAUCUUGAAGCGAAUCACUCUCUGAAAGAAGAAAAGGAAGGAAGAAAGCAAGAGCCAAAAAGUUUAAUUAAGUACAAUGGAGGGCUUGAUUCCUUACCUCAUUCACGUUGUGAAGAAACCGAGACCUCAGAAGGGCUACCGGAGCUUGUCUGACAGUUCCAGCCACCAAAGCUACCAUUUGUUAGGCGGAGGUGAGUCCUUGGAGGGUUCGAAUUCCCACAGGCGAACAAGGUCAGAAUUUCUGCCUCCUCCCGUGGAAUUCUUGGAAAAUCGAUCUGGAAAUGAAUUCGUUCGCCAACGUAACGUUAACAAAGGUCCUGUGAGGUCUGCUUCUUCUGUGGCUAGUGGGUUUAACGUUGGUUCGAAUCCUCAGCAGAUGAGAAAGGCAGUAGUUCUUGAUUUUGCUAGUCUUCGAAGAUGAAGAUGUUGAAAAAGAAAAUUGAUAUGUGUUUUCAAGUGUAAGGUUGAUUUAUUUAUUGAUUAAUAUGGUGGUACGAGGGUCAUCUUUGUAGUUGCAAUUGUAUAAAAGUUUCUUGUAAUGUACGCUUGAGUUAUUGAAAAAUGCUCGGUGCCAUUGCAGUAACAAAUGGUUUCUGGGCAACUUGUUACAACUGUUCAAAGUUAAAUGAAUUUUCCUUUUUUUU